GUGAUGGUUUUUGCCGUAUUGCUUGUUUUCAAUGUAUUUACGCAAGGAAAGGUUGAGAAAAGCGAACCAUUUCUAUCCGCUCGAUUUUUGGAUAACUUCAUGCUUGACGGAGGAGAACAUGUCACCUGCCAACCAGCUCUGCUCAAGGUUGAUGACAACUUUUUCAUGGUGAUCCCCCCCAACGAAAACGAAGCUACCAAGAUCUCAGUGGACCAUCUUCAAAUUGCUACCCGCUCGAAUAUGUCAUUCAAAUGGACCCUGGUGGAGGUUGGAGACCAACCCAAUGUAGGAUCAAGGAAGGUCACUACAGGUUUCUUCUAUAGAGGAGAAACAACAAACGGCACAGCCAACAUUGUCAAGUCAACUUACCAAUUCCAAGAUGCAAACAAUCAGUACAUUUUUUGCGGGACUUGUUUCAUUGGUAAUAGUACACUGAAGGCAAAGUUUUGUAAUUCUCUAAAUGGAGUUUCCGAUGAUUUAUUCCGCAGAUCAACCAGCCAUUUUUGGUGGAGCGCCGAAGGUCUUUAUCGUGGAUUUGACACUUUUCAUCCACAGCUUCCGAUACCACUCUAUACCCUGCCACUAUCAGCUUUCCCCCCAAAUUAUAGUGAACUGCAGGAAGAUUACUACAGAAACUAUAAACCGAUAAUCAGUCCACGUGACAUUACUGAAGUAGGGACUUGGCUGGGAGGAGUCAGUUUGAUGCCAGCAACUCAGUUGAGCAAUUAUGAUGUAGGGUUUCCUCCGCAACCGCUUCCUCCGCCUCAAGGAAAGAUCUUCAUCGACAAUUCAACACAACCAAGCAAUUUCUUUGAUGUAUUUUUCUUGAAAAAACACGCUUCCGAGGGGCGGGGGCGUGGGCGUGCGGGGAGGGGAGGGGAGUGCGAUUAUCAUUGCACCCAUGAAAAAGUUAUCAUCAACCUUGAGCAGAGCUGGUUGACAGGUGGCAUGUUUGCCCCCCUCAAGGAUUGA